CCGCCGGGUUGCACGCACGCUGCAGUUCCUAGCUGCUGUCACCAGCCUCUAAUCUCAUCGUACCGGAGUUCCAAUGAAGGUGAGGGGGGUGUCGCGCCGUUCUCUAUUUACCUGAGACACCUGUACCCUUGUGUUGUUACUACACACACAGACAUCCGUCCUCUGGCCGAGAGAGGAGGAAAACCCGACUGCUGCAAGAAUGAAGAAGCUUCCAGUGCUCUCCCUGCUCCUGUGGGUGUGCGCGGUGUACUUUGUGGGCAUUUACCUGUUCGUCGGUGGCUUCCUGCUGGUGAGGCUGGAGGUGAACCGUACCAGCACCUGCGGGGACGUGCUGCAGCCCGGAGAGGAGCCAGCUGACUUCUGCCGGGUCCGGCCUCGGUUCCGCCGGGCAGUCCUCCUCAUCAUCGACGCCCUUAAGAUCGACUUCGCCUGGUUUGACCCCAAUAACACGUCUCCCAGACCUUAUGAGAACAAGCUGCCCGUGCUGGAGGAGACAGUCACAUCUAGGCCUUCACACAGCCGCCUGUAUCCUUUCCGAGCUGACCCACCUACGACCACCAUGCAGAGGAUCAAGGGCUUCACCACUGGCUCCUUGCCUACCUUUGUGGAUGUAGGAAACAACUUUGCAUCCAGUGCCAUCUUGGAGGACAACCUCAUCCACCAGUUUGGGCAAGUGGGCAAGCGCGUGGUGUUCAUGGGCGACGACACUUGGGAGAAUCUGUUUCCGAAGAAGUUCCACCGCUCGCUGCCCUUCCCUUCCUUCAACGUGAAGGAUCUGCACACCGUGGACAACGGCAUCCUCCAGCACCUCUACUCCACCAUGGUGGGGGAGGAUUGGGAUGUCCUGGUCGCUCACUUCCUCGGGGUGGACCACUGCGGUCACAGGUUCGGCCCCGACCACCCGGCCAUGGCGGACAAGCUGACGCAGAUGGACGGAGUCAUCAGGUCUGUGAUCGACCGCCUGCAGAACGACACCCUGCUGGUGGUGAUGGGAGAUCACGGGAUGACAGACACAGGGGAUCACGGCGGGGAGAGUCAGAAGGAGACGGACGCUGCCAUCUUCCUCUACAGUCCCUCCCCUCUGUUCCCCGGACCGCCCACACAGAGCGAACCGGACGUGGUGCCGCAGACAGAUCUGGUGCCUACCCUGGCUCUGCUGCUGGGGGUGCCCAUCCCGUACAGCAGCGUGGGCCAGGUCCUGCUGCCCGUGUUCCCCCCUCACGGGCAGACAGGAGGUGCAGUAGGAGGUCUCAGCCAGCUGGAGGCGCUGUGGAUCAAUGCUAAACAGGUCAACCGUUUCCUGGAGACGUACUCCGGCAUGGCCAAAGACAUCCCGCCGGAGAGCCUCUCUCAGCUGAAGUCAGAAUUCUCCCGCCUCUCCUCCGAUUACCUCGCCACGGUCAGAGAUGGUCGCCCCCCCUCCCCACGGCUGGCCGCCUCCCUGCAGGCCUACCUCACCUCCGUCAGAGCCACCUGCCGCGCCACCUGGGCCCGCUUCAACCCGCUGAAGAUGGCGGCGGGUCUGGCCAUCCUGGCGUUCGCCUGCCUGACAUGUUUCAUCGUGUCCGAGCUGUCCCUGGUGCUGAUCCGGGAGAGCGGCCCUGGUUUGAAGCCGCCGGUUGCCGUGGCUUUCAUAGCGGGCGUUUGCGUGGCGGUCGUUCAGAUUGGCAAGCAGGGCUACGUGGAGGCGUCGUGGUGCCUGGCUGCGGCCGCCCUCAGCUCCGAGCUCCUCUUUCUCUGGAGAGCCCGUCGCUACAGAGCUGUCCCUGUGGAAAAAAACGGCUCUAAAGCGCUGAAGAGUCCGAGUUGGCUGACCCCGCGCCGCCUCCUCAUCCCGCCGCUCCUGGUCCCGCUCCUCCGCUGCGCCUCGCUGCUCUCCGACAGCUACGUGAUCGCCGAAGGUCGGGCCGUCACCUUCCUGGUGUUCUCUCUGGCUCUCUACAUUCCCAUCCAUCUCAACUGGGAUGGCCUGCUCCUCCCCCCCAGCCACGACCCUCUGAAGGCCGCGGGCUUCCUGCCUUCCCCGGCCCUGUCCCCGUCGACCGUGAGGAAAGAAAGCGGAACCCUCCUCGCCUGCCUCGGAGUCCUGGUGGGCAGCCUCUACCUCUCCCUUUCCUUCCACGCGUGUCGGGAGGAACAGGGCUCCUGCCAACCGUCCCCGUUCCUCUCCCCCCUCGCCCGGCUGCAGGACAACCAGCUGAAGAACCUCCACUACGUCCUCUCCGUCCUCUCGCUGGGCUUGUGGACGUACCUGCUCAAACGCUGCCUCCGCCACUACGGCAACCUCAACGCCUCGAGUGGGGCGGUGUUCACGGCGCGCUGGAUCCUCCCGCUGACCUCUGUGUGCCUGGCGCUUCACUGGGCCGUCGGCGCCACCCCCGAGGACAGCUUCCGAAACCUGUCGGAGCUGAUCGGUCUGGCACAGCUGGCGCUCCCCAGGGCCGCCUUUUGCCUCCUGGGACUCGGGCUGUUCCUGAUCUGGCUGGAUCCGCUCACCGUGUUCAUCAAGCCUAAGGCCACAACUCCAACCCGGGGUCAGUCUCAGACCCCGCCCCGCUACCGAGCGAGCACCGGCAUCAGCACCCAGGCCGAGCUGCACCACCUCAUCCCGCAGAUCUACCAGCGCAUGCGUCGCUCGCUGGACGACGGGGAGCAGGUCGUGGGCAGCGAGGUGGACAGCAGCCCUGCGGUGAAGGCGUACGGGCUGGGGACCGUCUACUCGGCGCCCUUGCUGCUGUUCUGCGGUAUGCUGGGAAUCGGACUUCUGCUGCUGCACCCGGAGGGCAUGGCUCUGUCUUUCCUCCUGCUACUGCUGGAAAUGGGAGCUCUGUUGCACAUGCACGCGUCCUCCACCACCCUCCGAGGCCUGCAUGGAACUUUCUCUGCUGACUUUAACGUCCCCUGGACUCCCGUGGUGCUCUGGUCCCUGGCCGCCACGCAGUUCUUCCACGCCACAGGUCACCUCCCCACCUUCCCCUCCAUCCAGUGGGGCGCAGCCUUCGUGGGGUUCCCUGACGGACACACAGGCACCGUACUGCCCGCCUCUCUGGUCACCCUCAACACUUUCGCCUCUCACAUCUUGUUCUCAGUGGGCUGUCCGCUGCUGCUGUUCUGGCCCCUGGUGCGUGAGGUGCGUGGGAGCCGGGGAGGCAGGGCCUGCGGGGACGAGGGAGAGGACGCUGUGAUGGAAAUGAGACUGAGAGAAAACCCCCAGCGGUUCACCGCCGCCCUGCUACAACUCGCAACACGCUACCUCUUUAUUCUCGGAGCACAGGUCUUCUCUUCGGUCUGUGCUGCUGCUAUCCUCAGGAGACACCUCAUGGUGUGGAAGGUUUUCGCACCCAAGUUAAUGUUUGAGGCCUCUGGGUUCCUGGUGAGCAGCGUGUCUCUGCUGAUUGGGGUCGCGCUGGUGCUGCGAGUGGACGUGGCUGUGGGGGGAUGGUUUAAGAGACUCAUCCCAGAGGCAUCCAGGUAGCAGAGAGCAGAGGAAAUGGACAUGGCAGUCAACACUGUAUAGUUUUUAUAUGGACCUCUCACAAAAACAUUGCCAUCUGUGUCUGACAUCAGGAUCUCCACAAAUACGUCAUGACGAGGCCACCGCACACUUCCUUUUUUCAGCCAGAGGGAUUUUUAGGAUGUCAAAUGUUGGACUGACUGAGUCAUAUUAAAGAUUUUGUACUAUAAGACGAUAAGCUUGUAGACCGCCUCACUUAGCUGAUGAGGUUGGGGACUUUUAGUUGUGUGCGGUCAGUGGAGGGAUGUCUGAAUGUCUCCUGUUUUCUAACUAAUAGCAUGGAUAAAACAUUUCAAGCCAGACCGUUUACAGCAGCAGUCUUAUAACAGUUAGCUAGCAACAAUACUUAAACAAACUUGGCCUUUGAGGAUUUCUUUCCUCCAAUUUCAAAGUGAAUCUUGCAUACGUACGGAGGCCCAGAGACGCAAGUGAGAGAAGCAAAUCUGCCGGAACUUAUUGUCUGUCCUGCAUUUAAUAAGCUAUCUUUUGCCAACAUGGUACAUGUUUUGUUUGUUAGCAAAUUCCGUUACUGCCGUGUCUUUGUUUGGCUAGAAAUUCAUUUUAAUCAUUUAAUUAAUUAUACCUUGAUUGCGACCCAUAAAUUCAUUGAGGAACGAAAUUCAAUUAUAAUAAAGCACAGUUAAAAAAUACUAUGAAACAAAAUAAUAAAAUAUAAGAUAUGAAAAAAAUAAACACUAAUACUUUUUAAUAAAUUAAGCAAAAUAAGAACACCUAGAAAUUACAUUUAGAAAAACUACAUUUUAAAAGCUCAGCGUUUUUCUGUUCUGUAUCCGCCAUUAUCCUACCAUUCCAGCCUGAUCUAUAAGUGAUUUCGAAUGCAUGAAGAACAUCUGAAAGUCAACAUAAAAAAAAAAAAAUUGGAACAGGAGAAUUAUUUUCACUGUCCUCUCUGGGCUUCCGUACGUGUGCAUCUGCAGGAUUAAUGUUGGUAGGAAACUGAAGAAAUAAAAGGGCAUGUGAAUGUGUUUUACUGCAGAAGCUCAAUCUGUGACUCUACAGAAAGCCACUUUAACCACCAAAGCCAUCUGCCAUCCAAUGUGUGGAGCUACUUCAUGACCACAGCAGAAAUCAAGUGCAUUACACAUCUUAAGUGUUUGCUGGAGGGUUUUUUUGGUAUGUUUUCAAGAUGGUGAAAUAACCAGCACGUGCGGUUACUGCCAAUUGAGAUAGUAUUACUGUGAACUUAGUUUUUUUAUUUAUUUUUACACGGUUUUGGGUUCCUAAUCAUUUUUGAGGGUUCUGAUUCUUAACUCUAAUGCCUAUUUAUAAUUCCUUUUCAUUUCUUUUUUAAAAUCUCAAACUAAACUUUUGUCUUACUUAGGCCUCAAACUUUUAUUCCCUGGAACAGGUGCCUAAAUUUGACCAAUGCCUUUUUUUGUGUAUGAUGUCAUUAUGUUGACAGGGACAUUAAAUCCAGUUGGUUAAUUUAUUUCUGCGAGAUGCCUGAGUCAGUAUCUGAAGUAAGAUCUGUGACUGUUGUGCAGCUGUAGUCAGCAGCUAAAGCUAAUUAGCUAAUGCAUGGUAUGGAAGGGAUGUUGACUCAGGAUGAAUUAGCUACAGUGAAAUAGUACUGCGUUUCUCAGGCUGCUGUGUGGGAGUGACUGGUCAUUUAGAGCGGCUGCCGUAGUGAUCAGCCCAAAGUGAUGGUUUGGCUAGGUUGUGUGAUGACGGGGCACUUUUUUUGUUAUGUUCUCAAAAGUUUAAUAUAUGAAUAUCUGAUUAAUUAAGAUGAUUUUUUUCAUUCUGUGAGAAAUGUAAUAAAAGUUUUUUACAACAAA